AUGGGGGGUGUGUGGAUGGAGCUCUUCCCCGGGAAACAGCUUGAAAAUGCCCAAUAUCAACCUAUUUUCGGUUAUUUUUCCAACCUUAAACAAGAGCGUGGAGCCUUUCGCGUUCUUUGUGAUACGUACGUCACAGAAGACACCGGCACCGGCGUAGUCCAUCAGGCGCCUUACUUUGGUGAAGAUGACUUUCGCGUGUGUACGGCUAAUGGGAUUAUUUGGAAAGGAGCACCGAUCAUAUGUCCGGUUGACGCUUCCGGUCGCUUUACCGAUGAAGUGGACGACUUCAAGGGGAUAUACGUGAAAGACGCUGAUAAACUUAUCUGUCAACAUCUAAAAAAGCGCGGCCGACUGAUUCAUCAAAGCACGAUUAAUCAUAGCUACCCUUUCUGCUGGAGGUCGGACACUCCGCUGAUAUACAAAGCUGUGCCUACUUGGUUCCUUCGCGUGGAAUGUCUGGUUGAUCGCUUGUUGAAAAAUAACUCCGAGUGUCGUUGGGUACCAGAUUUCGUUCGUGAAGGGCGGUUCGCAAACUGGUUACGUGAUGCCAGAGAUUGGGCGAUAUCUCGAAAUCGUUUUUGGGGAACACCUUUACCCCUGUGGGUGAGUGAUGAUUACGAGGAGAUCGUCUGCGUCGGAUCUAUUCAAGAGUUAGCCAAUUUGUCCAAUGUGAAGAUCACUGACCUUCAUCGAGAAUGCAUAGACGAACUCACUAUUCCGUCACGUACCGGUCGAGGUAUACUCAGACGCGUGCCCGAAGUGUUCGACUGUUGGUUUGAAUCUGGAUCAAUGCCUUACGCCCAGGUAAAUUUGGCUAUGCUUCCAUAA